GAUGGCGGCUUUCCUGCAAUGGAGGCGUUUCGUCUUCUUCGACAAGGAGGUGCUGAAGGAGCCCGGGCAACCGGAGCGGGAGUUCCGCUGCCCGGGAGACUCGGCCUUCAGCGUGUGCACCAGUGGCAGAGGCAGCCUGGUGCUGGGGGAUAUUGAAGGGAAUAUUUGGUUCCUCACUCGGACUUUGCAGUUCAGCUCCUUUCAGGCUUAUAAGCUUCGAGUUACGCACUUGUUUCAACUUAAACAGCACAGUAUUCUUGUCUCAGUGGGAGAGGAUGAACCAGGGAUCAACCCUCUGGUGAAGGUCUGGAACCUGGAGAAGCGAGAUGGCAGUGGGAAUCCUCUCUGUACCAGGAUAUUUUCAGCAAUUCCAGGAAAUAAGCCCACAGAAGUCUCAUGUCUCACUGUCCAUGAAAACCUCAACCACAUGGCAAUUGGAUUCACAGAUGGUAGUGUUGUCUUGAAAAAAGGAGACAUCACCCGUGACAGGCACAGCAAAACUGAUGUUAUAGCGGAAGGAACGUAUCCCAUCACUGGCCUAGGGUUCCAGCAGUCUGGUAAACAGACCCAUCUCUUCGUGGUUACCACAGAGAAUGUGAAGUCAUACAAUGUCUCAAUGAAAGAUUUUCCUGCAAUGGAGCUCGAUAACCAUGGCUGCAGUCUGCAUUGUUCCGCCCUGUGCGACCCUUCGCAAGACAACCAGCUGAUAGUUGCAGGGGAUGACUGCGUGUAUCUCUACCAGCCUGAUGAGCGUGGACCUUGCUUUGCUUUUGAGGGGCAGAAGCAGAUUGUUCACUGGUAUCGUGGCUACCUCAUCAUUGUCUCAAAGGACAAGAAGUCAUCCAAGACAGAUUUUGUUUCUGGUAAUGGGCAGUCCUCAGAGAAACAAAUACUGACUAUCUACGACCUGGAUAACAAGUUCAUUGCGUACACAGCAGCAUUUGAUGACAUUGUCGAUGUACUGGCAGAGUGGGGCUCACUUUAUGUGCUGACUAGCGAUCGGAAGAUCAGUAUCCUGCAGGAGAAGGACACACAGACAAAACUGGAGAUGUUGUUUAAGAAGAACCUGUUUGUUAUGGCAAUCAAUCUGGCAAAGAGCCAACAUUUGGAUAAUGACGGAUUAGCAGAAAUUUUUCGACAGUAUGGUGACCACCUGUACGUGAAAGGGGAUCACGAUGGGGCCAUACAGCAGUACAUCCGGACUAUCGGAAAGUUGGAGCCGUCCUAUGUGAUACGGAAGUUUCUGGAUGCACAGCGAAUCCACAACCUAACUGCGUAUCUGCAGGCCUUACACCGCCAGUCACUGGCCAAUGAGGACCAUACAACUCUUCUCCUCAACUGUUAUACCAAACUGAAGGAUAGCUCCAAACUCGAGGAGUUCAUUAAGACCAGUGAGAGCGAGGUACACUUUGACAUCGAAACUGCCAUUAAAGUCCUGCGUCAGGCUGGUUACUACAAUCAUGCUGUCUACCUGGCUGAUAAGCACUUCCAUCAUGAGUGGUACCUCAAAAUCCAGCUUGAGGAUAUCAAGAACUACCAACAAGCCCUCUAUUACAUUGGGAAACUGCCCUUUGACCAAGCAGAAAGGAACAUGAAAAAAUAUGGGAAAACACUGAUGCAUCAUGUUCCCAAUGAGACCACCGAGCUGUUGAAGAUCCUCUGUACAGACUACCGACCCAGCAAUGAGCCUCUGACAGAGAGAGAAUCCAGCAGUAAAUAUGAGUAUAAGGCAAAUUCUGAGGAGUUUAUUCCAAUCUUUGCCAACAACUCGCGUGAACUGAAGUUGUUCCUAGAGCACAUGAUCCAGGUGCAGACCAACUCUCCACAGGGUGUGUACGACACAUUGCUUGAACUCAGGUUGCAAGACUGGGCCCAUGAGGAGAACGUGAAGGCAAAAAAACAACUACAGGAAGAAGCAAUGGGCUUGUUGAAGAGUGGAUUAUUUAAAACUGUGUUUGACAAGGCUCUGGUACUGUGUCAGAUGCACAAUUUCAAAGAUGGAGUGUUGUACCUCUACGAGCAAGGGCGACUGUACCAGCAGAUAAUGCACUACCACAUGCAGAAUGACGAGUAUGCCAAGGUAAUUGAGACCUGUGAGCGGUACGGUGAGCAGGAAGCCUGCCUGUGGGAACAAGCACUCGGAUACUUUGCACGAAAGGAGGAGGAUUGCAAAGAAUACAUCAUGAGCGUUCUGAGGCACAUUGACAGGAACAACCUCAUGCCCCCUUUGCUGGUCGUGCAGACGCUGGCACAUAACUCCACAGCCACGCUUUCAGUCAUUAAGGAUUACCUCAUUAACAAACUGCAGCAGGAGAGUGACCACAUUGCAGAGGAUGAGCGAAGGAUCAAACAGUACCGAGAGGAAACCAAGAAGAUCCGAGAGGAGAUUGAGGAACUAGAGACCAGUGCUAAGACUUUCCAGAAAUCCAAGUGCAGCAUGUGUAACAGUCCACUAGAACUUCCUUCUGUCCACUUCCUGUGUGGACAUUCUUUCCACCAGCAUUGCUUUGAGAGUUACGCAGAACACGAGUCCGAGUGCCCAACCUGUAUGCCAGAAAACCAUAAAGUCAUGGACAUGAUCCGAGCCCAGGAGCAGAAGCAGGAUCUUCACGAGAAGUUCCAGCACCAGUUGAAAUGUUCAAAGGACGGAUUCUCAGUCAUCGCUGAUUAUUUUGGCCGUGGAGUCUUCAAUAAGUUGAUGCUAAUCACAGACCCCUUCCCAGGGAGAGGAGCCACUGCAAACAUUGAUGCUGGACUGCAGAGGGACUUGUUGAUGCACACGAAAGGAACAGCUUAGAUGGAACCCAAGAUCAUCAAGUUCUUUCUUUUGCGUCUAACUUUUGCUGUAAUAUUAACAUUGCAAUAAGUUGAUGGGUACAGAAAUGAGAUGGACGUGAAUGAAUAACCUUGCACAACAUUCAUGCUUGCUGAUUGGUUCAAUGCGAUUACCAUGGCAGUAUCCUGAGGCCUGGUGCAUGAGGUUGUCAUGAGAAUCCUGUGGCUGACCAGUUACCUUGCUGGUUAAUGCAGUGAAAUUGCCUGUGUUUCAUUGCUUUACUCUUCUAAACACAAUGGAAUGGAGGUAACAAAUGCAGCUUUUCCAUUGGCUCAAAGAGCAUCACCUGAGAUGAACAAAGAUUCAUUAACUUUGGGCUCUCGUGAAGGUCAAUCCACAGAGUGGGAUCAGACGAUGGUUAGGAGGUAUCCAGAUAAGCAAGCAGAAGUGCCCCAAAUUAGACCAGGGAGACAAGUGAUUCUUUAUUACCCUGCACCUUCACAAUUUCAUUUUUAAUUUCUUUUCUUGCAUUGCUUGUACCCAGAUAGUUCAGAGUCAGGUAAAGUACAUUUACACUACACAUUGCACAAUUAUUCUGGCCUGCUAUGAUUGUUCUGCAUUGUAACAGCCACAGAGCCUUGACUUUUAUUUUUCUAAAUAUUAGCUCCAGUUUUGGGAUGGGUUAGGCCCAGGUACUGAUGCUGCGUCAGUAGACCACUGACUUUGGUGAUGUGGUUUACACAGUGGGACAUGAACAAAGUUCUCUUCUACAUUUGUCUUCUGGAGGAACCCAGAUACAAAAUGGCCAAGGGUGUCUGCUGUUUGGUCUGUGUGCAGCAGUGCCAUAUCUAACUGAGCAUGGCUAUCAAUAAACAUUGUGACCAUC